AUGAGUAGUGAACCGUUUCCUGUUACUGAGUUAGCUAAGAGGCUCGAAAGCUGUGAUGACUCUGAAUUUAUUGCCAUAUUGAAAUGUUUAAGAUCUCCAGCCUACGUCAAUGAGCAAUUGCUCAAAUCGGAACUAGGUUUGUUAGUGACAAAAACUCUGGCGCUCCUGAGAUCUAGUCAUGAGAUAGCCAUUUGGAGAGGUUGCCAAACGGCAGUGGUGAUAUGCACUUAUAACCCGUUGGUCUUGUGCGCUCACGCUGGGCAAUUAUUGGCUGCUAUCUAUUCAAAACUUGAGCAAAAGGUUGAUUACUAUUCAUCGUCAACUCCUCAAACUAAGGUGCUUUUACAGACUUUGGUAUUUGCUUUAAGUAGCUUAAUGAAUUUGAUGAGAGGAAAACCAUCCCUGUCGAGAGAGGGUCUUGUCCCAAAAUUGAAGGCAAUUAUUCCAACUUUGAUCACCCUGGCGCAGUAUGAGCCAAGAUUGACUCUUCCUACUCUAAAGAUACUUCUAUACAAGAAUACUACCACAUUCAGGCCAUUCGCUAACAAAUUUCGAGUUGUUCUGGUCAAUCUCAUUAUCUCUGAGUAUGAACAUUUUGACAAAAAAACUAAGCAAUUGUUGAGUGAUAAUUUUGCCUAUUUGCACUUGAUCAAAUUGCAGGGCUCCGCUGCGGAAGAUGAGGCUCAAGCGCAUCACAAAUCUUACCAGGAUGAUAACUGGCGAAUUGGGAUUUUUUCCGUAUUGUCACAGUUCAAGCCAAUUCUUGACAUCUGCGGUGAAAUUUUGGACUUGGAGCAAGAUAACGAAUUGCAGAAACUAAUCAACAGCCUAACAUUUACAAACAACACGAAAGGCUCUGAGGCUAGCGAUUUUCUGUCCGGUUUGAAACUCGAUAUGAAUUACCCAAUAACACUAUUGGAAAUUACGCGCCGCUUGAACUUGCUUGUGGAUCUUCUUUCAUCCUUUCUAUCUUUACCUACGCCUUACCCAGUGAGAAUCCCUCUAGGAACUUGUAUCUCCAUCUCAGAAGCUCUAUUAAGUAUGACAAGAAAUUUCCUACCGUUGAGACGUGAUGUGCGUGGUGAUGCUGAACUAAGCUCAGUCAUUCGUGAUUUACUGCCUCAGAUUCAGUUUUCAGGUAUCAAGUUACUUUCUUCUAUUAGCCAAACCUACGGUAAGUUGUGCUUGUCAAUGCUUCCUUCAAUCUUGGGCUCCUUAGAAUUGUUUAUACCGUUGCAACAGAAGUCUAGUAAGAUUGAUUUGGAUAGAUGUGCGUCACUUAAAUCUGAAAUGAUAGGACUCUUCAACCUGGUCAACUCUUUUCUUCCUCAUAUGGGGCAUCAUAUGCAGGAGGUUGAUUUCUUCACCAAAUUGGUCGAGGUGGCCUUGCAUUUAACAAAAGACGCAUCAACGGUUGACUUGGUCUUUAAUCAACAGGCUACGAACACGCUCAACAACAGGAAAAAUCUAAAAAAGAAGCAAAAGAAGGACAAUUCAUCUGGCUCGUUAUCUGAUUUAUACACACAUCCCGAGAAGUUUAAGCUUGAAAGUUCUGAUCGCUUGUUAUGUGAAGUCAAUCAUUUCUUGCGAGGCAUAAUCAGUACCUGGAAAGUACCUUCUUCGCAACAGCUACGAAUUUUGAAAUACACUAUAUCUACUGCGGUGCAGUUUAAGCAACAGCAAGGCUUCAUUCCAAAGUCCCUUCUUGAGCUGCUGAGGACCGAAGUGUUAUAUCCAGGAGAUGAGAGAGUUUCAAUCUUACCGUUAGCAGUUUCAUUGCUGAAGGAGUCGAGUGAUGAAGUUUUUGAUAUCUUGUGUCAUCCAAGACUGCCAUUGAGUGUGAUUCAUCAUGUCAAACCGCUUCCAGAAUAUGUGGAAGAGUCAUUUGAAGACGAAGAAGAAGAAGAAGAAGAGGAAAAGAAGGACCUAGUUGAGGAGGACACCGUCGCUGCUGCAGUCAGUGAAAGCUUGUCUCACAGUGCUCAGGAACAGGCCAUAACCACUAGUUUCAAAUCAAAGCAAGUAGUCAUAGAGGAGCUUACCGCCGUUGAGCCUACAAGGACCACUGACAUCCAAGAGGAACCGGAAAACGAUAUUAUAUUCAAGAAGAGAGAACGCGAAGAAGAAACCACAGCUCCUGAAGAGUUGAAACGUUCAAAGAUAAUUAGCGAGGCAACGGUGACUGUUGUAAAGCAACCUAUUGUCACUGAAUCUAAAAAAGUUCAGGUUCCGGCAACCGAAGAAAAUGGUGCCAGCUCAGAUGAUGACUCAGAGUUCGAGAUCCCAAAUAUUCACUUGAGUGACGAUGAGGACGACGAGGACGAUAGCGAAGAAUAA